ACGGCCGGGCGCCUCGAAAGGGAGGAAAUGCGGCGGGUAAAGUUGAAGAUCCUGGAGCCUUAUUACGGUGGCAGGCAUAAGCAUGGCGUCUGCGGGACCACGGAGAUGUCCUUCCAAGCGCUCAAGGAAUAUGUCCGUUUAGGGACGACACAUUUUUGCUUCGCCUUGUUCCACCGCGAGUCAAUAACAUAUCAGCAGCUGGCCGAACACCGAACAAUAUUCGUAACGGCGUCCUCCAUUCGCACCCGCAUGGCUCGGCUUUGCACACUGCCAUCAGUCCCGCAACCGAGAGACAGCACCUCCUUUCGAGUCCGCCAGUCUUUUACGGAAGCAUUCCAUCAAGAGACCUUCGCGCGGCAAGGCGUUUAUCGGCGGGUUCCCUCGAAAGUCAACCGCGUGGCUACGACUCCGCCGUUUAGAGCACAGCUGAUUCCUCCGCUGGGCAACUUGGGCAUGGAGCAGGAUUACUGGGGCUUUCCGGGGCGAUACGCCGUUCCAGUAACUUAA